AUGUGGGCCGGGUUGAGCCGGAUAGGCUCCGUCGCGGCGGGCGCCCUCCUGCUGGCUGGAGGUCUUCUAUCGAACCCCGUUCUCGCCGAUACGGACGGCCAAUCCACUUUCGUCACCGAAGACAAGUCCAUGGCAUUUGGCUUCACCGUCCCCGAUAUCAAGGAUGACGACUUCUUCUUCACAAUCCGAUUCCCCAAGGAAUACGCGUGGGGCGCCAUUGGCCUAGGAUCCGAGGACAUGGACGGCGCUCUCGUCCUCAUGGUCUACGUACGCUCCCCUCCCUUCCUUUUACGGCACAAACGUCACCUUCUCCCCCGCUACGCCCGCGGCCACUACGAACCCGCCUACUACCCCAACUUCGAGUACCGCACCCUCCCCGGCACCGGCGUCACCGACAACCACUUCGUCGUCUCCGCCCACUGCCUCUCCGGCUGCCGCUCCUGGCCCGGCGGCUACAUCGACGUCUCCGACGACAACCAAAAGGCCAUCUUCGCCCUCGGCCCCAAGGAGACCUUUCGCUCCAACGACCCCGCCGCGCCCCUCCGCUACCACUCCCGCUACGGCUCCUUCAAGAUCGCCCUCGGCCGCACCCGCGGCGCCGGCGACGCCCCCGAGGUCUCGGACGGCUCCUCCAACCAGGGCACCGAGCCCCACAUGCAGCGCAACGGCCGCUGGGACCCCAAGUCCACCAUGCACGCCGUCUUCAUGAUCCUCGUCUUCGUCGUCCUGCUGCCCCUCGGCGUCUUCAUCCUCCGCAUCGGUAACUCGCCCAAGUGGCAUGCCGUCAACCAGUUCAUCUCCCUGCUUGGCGCGCUUGUCGGCUUCGCUUUGGGUAUCCUCACCAGCUUCCACUACCAACGAUCGCGCAAGUUUGUUUCUUCGCAUCAGGUCAUCGGCUACCUUGUGAUCGCCGGCCUCAUCGGGCAAUUCGUUGUCGGCGUGAUGCACCACAUCCGUUACAGGAGGCGCGAAGGCACCGGCAAGCUCACCCCAGUUCACGUCUGGGUCGGCCGCAUCGUCAUCUUCCUCGGCUCCAUCAACGCAUUCCUCGGUUUCCAAUUCGCCCUCGUCAGCAUGUACAACCUCAUCCUCGCCGGCAUCAUCAUCCUCCUCACCGCCGUCAGCUGCCUCUUCACCUUCCACCAGGGCCUCCGCUCCCGCAUCCUCCGCCGCUCCUCCGCCGGCUCCGGCUUCGCCUUCCCCAAGUCCUCCGCCUCCGGCGCCGGCGCCAGCGGCGGCUUCAACCGCGAACCCUGGCGCUCCAGCGGCCUCGACGACGACGCCGUCCCCUACCGCGACUCUACCGUCGACUCCACCGCUAAGCGCGGCGGCGGCGGCGGCGGCGCCACCGACCUCAGCCGCCAGGAGUACUCCCCUCCCCGCGCAGAUUGGCCUCAUGGACGUCCAUGCCACGCGCGCGAGGAACAAUGA